AGCAGACACAAGGAGAGUCAGAGGUGUGACUGAGUUUUGCGAGAGAAACGAACAAACAAAUAGCAUGUUCCUUGUAAUAUGCCUGGUGUGUUUUUCAGCUCCAAAUUAAUUCACAUGAGACCUGAGACACACAGUUACCCGGCAGUGUAAAACAUCUAUUGGGAUAUUUAUCAUUUUUGGAGACGUCUGCAAUAUUGUUCUUCAAGACAAAGCAGUGCUACCGAGGCACUGUCUUUUGUGGAUUCUUUUUGUAGCCUGCCUCGUGAGAGGAAUCACUUUGCAUUCUUCAAAUUGCACGACGCCUGUAUAUUACCCGGAGAGGGACACGCUUGGACACGGAUUACAAUGUUCAGCUGCACUGGGACUUGGGUCGCUUUGGUGACACUCUCUUUGGUGGUUAGAGAGACGCGGGCCAGCUACAGGAUGAGCAUGUUCGCUGCGCAGUCCUCUCCACCUGACCCAUGUAACGACGAGCACGGUAACCCACGUAGAUGCAUCCCCGACUUUGUGAAUGCCGCCUUUGGAAAAGAUGUGCGCGUAACAAGCACCUGUGGCACCCCCGCUGCGCGCUACUGCGUAGUGUCGGAGAAAGGAGAGGAGAGGUCCAGGGACUGCCACACGUGUGAUGCCGAGGAGCCAAAGAAGGCUCAUCCGCCUGCUUACUUGACUGACCUAAACAACCCCCACAAUCUCACCUGUUGGCAGUCAGAAACCUACGUGCAGUAUCCCCAAAAUGUAACGCUCAUGUUGUCCUUGGGUAAGAAGUUUGAGGUGACCUAUGUCAGCCUUCAGUUCUGUUCACCGCGGCCAGAGUCUAUGGCCAUUUACAAGUCAAUGGACUAUGGCAAAACCUGGGUCCCUUUUCAGUUUUACUCCACUCAGUGCAAGAAAAUGUUUAACCGGCAAAACAAAGCCGUUAUCACCAAACAGAAUGAGCAAGAGGCCAUCUGCACCGACUCCCACACGGACAUGACACCUUUGACUGGGGGGCUCAUAGCGUUUAGCACCCUGGACGGCAGACCGUCCGCGCACGACUUUGAUAACUCACCCGUGUUACAGGACUGGGUGACAGCCACCGAUAUCAAAGUGACAUUCAGCCGCCUGCACACAUUUGGUGACGAGAACGAGGACGACUCGGAAUUGGCACGGGACUCUUAUUUCUAUGCGGUGUCCGACUUGCAAGUCGGUGGACGGUGCAAGUGCAACGGGCACGCUUCGAAGUGCGUGAAAGACCGGGAGGGGAAUUUGGUUUGUGAGUGCAAGCACAACACAGCAGGGCCAGAGUGUGAUCGAUGCAAACCUUUCCACUAUGACCGUCCCUGGCAACGCGCCACGGCCAGAGAGGCGAACGAAUGUGUUGCCUGCCACUGCAACCUGCAUGCGCGCCGCUGCCGCUUCAACAUGGAGCUGUACAAACUGUCCGGGCGCCGCAGCGGGGGCGUGUGCCUCAACUGCCGCCAUAACACGGCGGGCCGCCACUGCCACUACUGCAAGGAGGGCUACUACCGAGACAUGUCCAAGGCCAUCUCCCAUCGCAAAGCCUGCAAAGCCUGCGAUUGCCACCCAGUGGGAGCUGCGGGCAAGACGUGUAACCAGACCACGGGCCAGUGCCCCUGCAAGGAUGGCGUGACCGGCCUCACCUGCAAUCGCUGUGCCAAGGGCUACCAGCAGAGUCGCUCUCCCAUCGCCCCCUGCAUCAAGAUCCCAGUGGCCUCCCCCACCACCUCCUACACGUCCUCCGAAGAACCCACAGACUGUGAAACCCACUGCAAGGCGUCCAAGGGCAAGAUGAAGAUCAACAUGAAGAAGUACUGCAAGAAACAUUACGCGCUCCAGGUGCACGUGCUGAAGGCCGACAAGGCGGGCGAGUGGUGGAAGUUCACCAUCAACGUCAUCUCGGUCUACAAGCAGGGCGGCCAGCGCAUCCGGCGCGGCGACCAGCUGCUGUGGGUGCGCGCCAAGGACGUGGCCUGCAAGUGCCCCAAGAUCAAGCCGGGCCGCAAGUACCUGCUGCUGGGCUCGGACGAGGACGACUCGCGCGGACAGAGCGGUGUGGUGGCCGACAAGGGCAGCCUCCUCAUCCCCUGGAAGGACAUGUGGGCACGCAGGCUGCGCAAGUUCCAGCAACGGGACAAGCGGGGCAAGUGCUAGGGGGUGCCCUGCCCCGCCCUGCCCUGCCCAGAGGUGGUGUCGGUGGUGGUGUUGGCAUCGAUGAGGAAAGGGAGGGGGGGGUGUUUGUUGGAAAAAGAAGUCAAAUAUAUGAAAAAAGGGAGCAACUGUUUGAAGAAUGGAGCAAGAGAGAGAGAGAAAGAGAGGGAGGGAGGGGGAAGGAAGAGGAGUAGAUAUGAUGAAGUUGGUUGUUGAUAUGAUGAAGUUGUUGACGUGGCAGUAAGACAAAAAAAAUGAACUGGAGUGCUGCUACCAUGGAGUAGAGGCAUACUGACAAUAUUAUAAGCGAAUGUUUUUACUUUUCCUGUGUUUCCUCAUUUUUUAGGAAUGUUUUUUUGUGAAGGAGCCCAGUGUUGCAGUCUCUGCUUACUUUUUUCCCUCAAAAAGGUUGUGUUUCUUCAUUGUGGAAUUGCAAAGUUUGCACCUAACCAGGCAUAUACAAAACUUAUGUACAAGUCUUUUGUGUAUCAUUCACAAUAGGUGUUAUUGAUUGUACCAGUCUGUUAUCUUUUUAAAGAUGAAAAAAAACAAGCUACUGUAUCUUGUGUCGGAGUUCAAAAUGGCUCCUCUGUGUUUUGUCAUAUUGUGCUUAGAAGUAUGGUGUCCGAGAGGAGACGCUGGACCGAGUUUCAGCAGAACAAUGUAAAACCACUUGCCACUAAAGGUGUUAGUACACUAAAGCGCUCAUUAAGCCAUGGUUUAGCUGUGGUUUCUGCUCACGUUGGUUAAAACCAUAGGAGUUUGAGAUGAGUAUGGAAGAACGUACAUCAUGUUUCUUUUUGUGCCUUAAAUGUUAAACUUCACAAAUACCUCACCAGUAACUUACCAUUUAUGUGUUCUGUCCAUUUUUCUCAUCCAUUUUUCUUAUCCUCCACGAUCACCACAAUCCUACAAUGGUAAAAAAAAAAAAAAAAACUUUUUUGUGGUUAAAAAUCAUAAAAAUGUGACCUCAUUGUCUUGGCCUUCAUAUCAUGAAUGAACUCAAUGUUAACAAAGUAUCAUUCCAUUACAAAGACAGAUUUAAAUGCGGGGGAAGCGGAAUCAUGAUCACUCAUUUCUCUUAUCAUAUCUGACAGAGCAGCUAUACAUCAGUAAAUCCAUGGGGGCUGCUAUCCAUUCAUUGCUUCACUAUGUCUUUGAUGUUCAGUCCUAUGUGCUUUACAGUGGGACUAUGCGCUAACACAGCUGACACCUGACCAUGGAAUUAACAGAGAGAAACACAGCAGCAUUUUCACCUCAGUUUUCUGCUCAUGUGUGAGGAAGAAAUGCGUCUUGCGUCCCAUGACUAUAAAUCACAAAUCUAACAUGCCAACAGCCUAACAAAAUUCACCAGACUUUAAUCAGCUGAUUUAGCUGACAUUACAGCCAAUAUAUGGCUGACAUCACAGCUGGCAACCUAAAAGUAAACUUCAGACGUCAAUGAUUUGAAAUCUGUACUGUAGAUGAACACAGAAUGUGUGUUGUUUUCUGCUAAAUUGUUUUACUUCUUCAAGUUGAACUUUAAGGUGAUUGUUUAUCAGCUUGAUAUAGUAAUCUUUGAAAGAAUGCAUGUUUUAAAAGAAAAUCCAUUUUUGUCUUAUAGAAUUAGACUUUAUUCAACAUGUGUUCUUAAGCUAAUGAAAACUAUAUGGUUGUGGCUCAUUACGUUUUUUUUAAUUUGUUGUCAAUGUGUGGUAAUUCCGUGAAAAUCGUCAAAUAAUAGUUUAAUUUGUAUUGUCAAUUUGCCAUCAUGGAAACCAUUCCUGAAGUGUAAAUGUCUAUUUUUGAAAAAAAAAAAAAAGUGACUUGGUACUUUACUCUUUUUUGAUGAUACUGCUCUGUUCAUUUUGUUAAUUGUAUAGUUGUAUAGUUAUUUUUUGUAAGACAUUAACUAGAUUGUAUACACUUACUAUUAACCAGAGGGUUGAGAACCAUAGAUUAAAUAAGUGGGCAUACAGAACAUUAACUUUUAUUCUUGUUUACAUUUAUUGACAGGAAAAUGUCCACUUUGUGCGAAACAACUUGUUUCACACAAAAACACACACGUGCAGACACACACAUGCACAUUUUUAUGUGUAUGCACACCCGAAUACACACACACACACACACACACACACACACACACACACACACACACACACACACACACACACACACACUAGCCAAUGCUUAACUGCAUUUAUAAAUGGUGCCAAACUGCUCAUAUGAAACCCUUUUCAUUUACUGAAACAAACUUACUGCCAGGAACUUUUCAGCUGGAAUCACAUAUACUGAAUGUUUGAUCCUGUGCGUGAGUGAUACCGGCAUAUCUUUUGUAAACUGAGACCAAUUUUCCAACUCUUUGGAGAAUUCUUCAUUGUGUUGUGAUAUUUGAGACUGACCUGUCAUUUGUUCAUAGUUGGUCUGUCUGUACAGUAAAGAAUGUUUAGCUGUGUCCAGGGCAAAAAAAUGUGUAUUGUCUUGUAAUGCAUACUAAUAUA